GAUAUGUGUGCGAAGAAGCGAAGUAGCAGCAGCAGCAGAGCAGAGCGCAAGAGAGGAAAAUUUUUCAAAAUGGCCAACUUUUGCGGAGCCGUGGUCGAAACGCGAGUGCUUGUCGCGCGUAUUGUUGCGUAAAAACGGUACGAUUUCAAUCCGGAAAACGGUUCCGGAUCGGGUUCUGGGUGUCGCGGAUCGAUUCGACCACCGGACGUCCGGGUGCGAGUGCGGGCGGGCGUGAAAAUCGAGCCGGAAGUGCGUUGUCCGCUGAGUGUGUGUGGUGUUGUGGUCUGUGUAUGCAGAAAAUCCGUGAGCGUUUUCUUGUUCCGAAUAUUCCCAACAGCAGCAGCGGCAGCCGAAGGCUAGUGGCCGCGGUUUGGAAGUUGGAAGCAGGAAGAAGAAAAGAAGCGAAAAAAGAGGCACCAAACCAGCCGAGGAGGAGAAGAUCAAAGGCAGAAAAGCGAAGAAGAAAAUAGUGCGAGAAAGCGCACACAAAAUGUUAAUAAUUGUGAGAGAAUAUUAUUUCAGUGGUUUUUGAGAUUAUUAUUAGCAGUAUAUAUCAUAAAUGCUAUUCUUCGUUGUGGAAGCAGUUCCGACGAGAAAAAGGGAUUUCACCAGCAGGAUUAUGAGAAAGGCGGAACGGGAAUGAAUCCAGUGCAGCAAGCUUCCAAUCCAUCUACCGUGAUCGAAUCGUGAUGAAGACGACCCCCGUUCCUUGUUCGUUUCGAUGCUGCUGAACCAACCAAGUGCAACAAUAGUGCAAUCUCUUACUAAGACGAAGACGAUGACAACAACAACAACAACGUGAUGCAAAACUAGAAGAAGAAACAAAAAACGCAGCUGUUGGCAGAAAACCUUGGUGAAAAAUUUAUGUUUAACCCACAGAGAGCGCAGCCCAUUACCACCGACCGUCUCCGUAUCCGAGUCCGAGUGUGUUGGUGUGGUGCAUGUUCCUCCUGCAGCUCCUCUCCGUAUGUUGUUUUGUCCGGUUCAGUGUGUCGGUCAUGACAAAACAGUAAUUAGAAGAAAAAUACAAAACACCCGUGUUGCGCGCCGCCGUUAAAGAAGUUGAACAAAGUGGAAGAAGUAGCAGAAGAGUACGAAGAAGAAUAUUGAAUCGGAGUGCGUAUUGGCAGAACGUGCUGGUAAAAAGAAAAAAAAAGGUAAUUGCAACUCUCCAAACGCGGUGUGAGAUUUUGAGUUCAGUUGAGGAAGAUUGGUAUUGGUGUGGAAAUGUUCCGCUAGCAGUAGGACGAUACCUUUCUGCUGUGUUGUGUGGCAGUGUUUCGUUUGUGAAUCUACAAAUAACGACAAGAGCUGUGGAGCGUGUGUGUGUGUUGUGCUUGUAUUUACAAAAGGUGAAGAAGAGGAGAAAAUUAGCCCAAAAGAAGAAAACGGAUAAUAAAGGUUACCCCUGAAGCAAGUCGCCUAAAGAAGGCAGCAGAAGCAGGCAAGCUGAAGAGAAGACCAAGUUGCGAAAAGUAGAAGGAAAAUUCCCUUUACCGUUCCGGCCGCAUCAUCGGUGUCGUGUCUCUUCUUUCUGUGCUAUAGCUUCGCCAGUCAUCAAUCAAUUUGUAAUUUGCCUACCGACAAAAACACACUCACCAAUAGCUAGAGAGCACACCGGGGGGGAGUAGGGUUCCGCUCGGUGCCUUGCCAUCAGGAGGGGCAGGAGGAGAUCAAUCUCAGCAGCGAGGUCGAUUGGAUCUUCCAGAGUCAACUUGGAACACAGUGCCCUGUAACUUCCUGAUCCAACCAAUUGAAAGACUUCAAUAAUCUGCCGCUGCCAAACAGCCAUCCCCCAGUCUGGCCCGCCAAGUGCAAAUCGAUGAAGACUGAACGACACAACACUAGCUUGCUGCUGGACGCUCGGUUCCCACGGUGUGGUGUCUAGUUCCCGUCUAAGUCCGCUCUGAUUCCGUUAGUCCAACAGCCAGCAAAUCCAUCGAUCUGGCACCUGUGCGCGCCAGCCGUAGUCUGCAGCCAGCCGAGCCGCUGCCACAGCCGACAAAACGGCUCAUUCGACGUCUUCUCGUCGCCCUCUGGUGGUGCUAGGUCGUUCGGCAGUGCUCGAGAGGGGCUAAUAUGGCCACACCGCCAACCGAGGGAGAAAUCAGAGUGGGUCCCGGCCAUCAGGUAAACGAUAUCUAUGCAACAUUACCAGACUAUCAACCAAUCGAGAACUAUCGCUCCGAGGACGAUGAAGAUCGAGACCUAGAAGAUCCGCGAUGGACCCCCGGCAUCUACAUUGACAACGAUCUGUUGAUGUACUUGACGGCUGCACGUUCGAUCUCUGCGUUCCAGGGCAUGUGCGAGGAGGAUGGUUGCAUGGCAGCUAGUCGCGACGAUACUACAAUUAAUGCAUUCGAUGUUUUACACGAUUCUGGAUACGACGCCGGUAAAGCACUAGAAGCACUGUUAAAGUGCCCGGUAACGAAGGGAAUCGACAAAAAGUGGACCGAGGAGGAAACCAAGCGCUUCAUCAAGGGUCUGCGCCAAUUUGGGAAGAAUUUUUUUCGCAUUCACAAGGAUUUACUGCCACACAGAACUACGCCCGAACUAGUUGAAUUCUACUACCUGUGGAAGAAGACACCCGGUGCAAAUAAUAACCGGCCACACCGGCGACGCCGUGCUGGUUCGCUACGUCGACGCAACACGCGUACCAACAGUAAUGCUAGCAGCAACAACACGCCGCCAAACAGUAACAAAAAGGAAGCUACACCCGAACCGGCCGUGACGGAAUCAUCCCGACCAUCACCGAUCUCCAAGGAGGAGAACAGUUCCGUAACCGAGGACGACAUCAGCGAGUGCGACUCGGAUUCCAGUGCCACCAAGGCAAUAAAGGAAAGUGCAGCGGCAGCCGUAGCACAAGCAGCAGCAGCCGCGGCAGCAGCAACAGCAGCAAUAGCAGCAGUAGCUGCAGCAGCAGCAGCCACCGGUGCCACAACGACACCAACUACGACGCCGACGACGGCUUCAGCAGCAGGCGCAGCAACGGCUACAUCAACACCAGUUGUAGCAACAGCAGCAGCUGCUGGGGCAGCAGGAGGAGGAGGGGAACCGGGUGAGGAUUCUCCUUCGAGGAUGAGAACUCGCCAGAAACCGACGGCGAAGGAGCAGCAACAGCAACAGCAGGCCAACGCCAACAACAAUACCAGUGGCAAGCGUCCCAAGCGGGGCGGCACGGAAACACCGGACACUACACCCAUCGACAGCCCGAAGACACCCAGCAAGAAGGAGGAUUCGGGCGGGAAAGGACAGAAAUCGAAAACCAAAACGGAUACACCAAACAAGGGCAAGAAGCGGGCCAAUGAGUUGGAUCCGGAUGGAAGCGAUGACAAAGAUGGUCAGAAAAGGAAACGAUCUGAUAGUCCCACAGAAAGCAUCACCACGGACAGCCGACCCGGAUCGGUGUUGGAUGAAGCAGAAUCGAACAGCGAAGCUGCCACCGAAGUCAGUAUCAAUGUCAGUGCCGCCGCGGCAACUCCGACGGCACCAUCGACCAAGGAGCUGGAGGAAAAAGAUCCUCUCUCGCUUGGUCCGACUGCCGAACCGAUGGUCACGGAAUCGCCGGAAAGUAGCAAUCCUGCUACGGCCGUCACCAAAACCGGCGACGACAAGGAAGAGGACGGAACGGUCGUGGCAGCACCGGCCUCAGUUACGGCAGCUCUUCCAACUGCAGCCGAUGCUGCCAAACUUCCCGAAACGGAAGACAUUACUCCUCCUUCAACGGCAACAUCAACACCGGUAGCAACACCUGCUCCGGCUACAGUGCCAACGCCGGAAGAAGCCAUGGCUGCCGUUCCUACCACAGUAGCCGAAGAGCCACCGGAGAAAGCUGCUGAAGCUUCUCCAGCGGCACCGCCAAUUCCACCGCCGGAAACCGGCGCUGCUCCAACAGUCACUGCUGCCGUUCCUCCUCCAGUACAAGCGCCCAAUGAACAGGAGAUGCUCUCUAAACUUGCCAAUAUGAAGCAAGAACUCAAUCCUCAAAGUGCUAUGCCCACCGAUUUCAACACAAAGGAUGUGUUCAUCAAGAAGGAACCGGGUGAGGAAUCGUCCGAGAGUCAACCGCCUGUAAAUGAACAGCCACAGGAUCUGAAACUAAAGAUCGAGGUCAAAUCGGAGGCUAAGCUGAUGAGGGACCCCGGAACACCCGGACAAAGUGACGCUCCUUCUGAGAGUAAAUACGAUCCGGAAAACCUGACAAUGAAACCUGCCUACGAGAGUCAUAUAAAGUAUGGUCCACCUGAAGACGGACUCAAGUACCACGGUGAUAUGAAGUAUCCAUCACAGUCGACGGAUGGUCCACUGAAAUACGGCCAGGAGGAGCCACUGGAAUACGACAUGAAACGAUUCAUGGAACCCGGAAAAUAUCCUCCGCAAGAUAGUGCCCUGUCGAUGAAGAUUGGUCCAUCUGGUGGUCUGGGAGGCCCUUCCGAACUGAAAGGGUAUCCUCAGGAUUUGGCAGGCCUCAAUAUGAAAUAUCCCCCACCAGACGAACGCUCUAAAUUUGCUCCCUCUCCUGCCUCGGAUAGUAGUAAUGCCGGAACACCAUCCGGUUUGCCUCUAAUGCCAAAGAGUCACUAUCCGGAUCAGUUGAGUAUGAGUAUGCUUCGUCAACAGUACGACCCGAACGGAAUAAUGAAGUUCGAUCCAAUGGGGAAAUACCAAGGGCCACAUCCAUCGUAUGGACUACCUGGAAGCCAACCGCCGUUGCAGCAAGGUCCACCAGGUGGCCCGAGUCACUUGGGUCAGCAGCAACAACAACCUCAAGACUUGAAAUAUCUUCCACCGGAAUCGAUGUCAGGUAUGAAGACCAGCUUUUCAGCAGACAAUUUAAUGAAAAGUUCAACCUACUCGCCACUUGCUGAUCAAACUCCAUUGGAUGUUUCAACGUCUUCUCGUCUAGCGAUUACUCCGAAUCAAGACAGCCAAGGCAGUAAUAGCAACAACAGCAGCUCACAACCUCCAAUGCACGGCAGUAUAGCAUCACCUCAGUCUGGUCAUCCUGGCAUGCCUCCUUCCGGAUAUUCAGGUCAUCCUGGCAUUGUGAAUCCUGGACUGAUGUCCGGAUCGCAUCCCUCGUUGCUGGGAUCGAAUUCUUCUCCGAUACCAGGGUCUCAAUCGAGUCAUCCGCCACCACCAUUGCAAACUGGAGCAGGAUCUCAUCAACCGCCUCCUUCAUCACAUCCAUCACAAGGACCACAACCUCCUUCGUCGGGUCCACUUCAGCAGCAGCAUCAGCAUCAACAUCAGCAGCAUCAGCAACAACAACAGCCACCUCACAUGUUACCAAAUACCAGUUUAACGUCGCACAUGCCAAGCAGUCCGUAUCUGUCCUCUUCCCACCGACAACCGCCACCAUCCUCGGAAGGUUCCCGCCUUCAACCAAAUACUCCUACAUCGAGCUCGGCAACGACGCCAACUUCUACGGCUCCCGGUAUGAGCUCUCAGUCUCCGGCACCGAUGCGUCUUUCCGAACCACCGCAUCUUCGAGAUCAUCCUCCAACGAGAGCGUCGCCCAUCAAUUCCCUCCUACAGGCAGUUCCGCCACCUCACGGGAUGCUUUCACAUCCUCUUCCACUGCAUCUUGGUCAUCCGGGUAUGCAACUACCGCCUCAUCACCCACAUCUUACUGGGCCCUUAGGUCACGCUGGUUUAUUGUCGCAUUCGUUGGGUGGACCUGGGGGUGCUAUUCCGCUCCUCGGUGGCCCAACUCCAUCUGCCCUUGGUAGUUUAAUGGAAGUGGCAGGAGCAGGGCGAAGAUCACCUUCGGUAUCAAACAAUCCCCCUGGACACCAUCCUCCGACGUCUCUUCAUCAACCAAGUCCAUUGGCACAAUCGCCGUCGACUCCAUCUGCUCCAUCCAAUCUAAGUCGAUGCAGUCCCAGCGUACAACAACCACCAACCGGCCCAGGCGGUUUCCAAUCAUCUCAUCAUCAUCGGUCCAGUUCACCGGCAAACUCUAACAGCUCCAGUCUAAGUCGCGCGAGUCCGAUGCAUCUAAGUCACCACCCAUCAGGUUCGUCAGCAGCAGCAGCUGCUGCUUCGUCCGUAGAACGAGAUCGUCAAAUAAUGCGUCAACAAUCACCGCACAUGACUCCUCCUCCGCCAUCAUCAUCGGCAUCGUCCUCACUCAUCUCUAGCCCGUUAAGUAAAAUGUACAGUCAGGCCGGUCAGCGAUCGCCACCUCCAAGUCAUCCGUUCCGGCCGGGUGCAUCACCGCCAGUCAUCCGACACCCACAGAUGCCACUGCCACUCCCCAUGACUGGACCAAUCCCAGGAAUGCCUGGCUCAGUGAUGCAUCACUCGCAACCGUACCCACUUGUUCACCCAUCUCUGUACAGCCCGCAUCAUCACAAUCCAUUUUUCGCUCCGUACCCUUACGGGCCUGCUUAUGGUCCUGGUUUCUCGUACAUGAAACCGGCCGGGUCUCCAUUGGAUAAUCCGAUGCUGCAUCCGGGUCAUCCUACAAGCAUUCCUCCACCACGGCCCGAAGAUUCACAGAUCCACGGCAAUGCUGGUGACAAAAACAAAUCCGGAUCGAAACCACCCCAAAACUCGUCUUCGUCGUCCUCCUCGCACUCUGGGUCGGGCUCCAAGCCACCCGGCUCUGCGCCCGGAGGACCGAACAACGGUAGCAGUAGCCAAAGCAGUAGUGGUCCAGCUGGUGGACCGUCUCCUAGUGGUGGGGGACCACCGGGUGGUCCGCUUAGUGGGAUUCCAUUCCAGGGUGGUCCCCAUCAUCCGUCGCCCUACCAGCCUGGUCCACAUAAUCCCUUCAUCGAGAACCAGCUGCAAGUCAGUGGCAAAACCAGCCAUAUGGAUGCCCUACGAGCACACGCCCAUGCGGCUGCCGGUGGUGUAGGUCUUGGACCGCCCCCGGGCCAUCCCGGCCAUCACCCUGGUCACGGGCCUCCCCCGGGACACCACGGACCUCCACAUCACCCGCAUCCCAACGAACCGGUGCACAUCGAAACACUGGACAUUGAUCCGGAUCCGGAGCCACCGUCACCGGUGCACGAUAUGAACCGAGGGCCCAGUCCCGAGGCGAAACCCGACGACACCGAGUGCCACCGAUCGCAGUCUGCAAUAUUUGUCCGUCGAUGCGAUCGAGGCGACUACAACUCCUGCUGUCGCACGGAUCUGGAGUUCAAACCUACUCCCGACUCCAAAUUGGCCCGAAAACGAGAGGAUCGGGAUCGUAAGCUGGCCGAGAAGGAGCGGGAACGUAAAGCCCAGCAAGCACAACAACAACAACAGCAACAACAGCAAGCAGCCCAAGCACAACAACAGCACCAGCACCAACAGCAACAAGCAGCGGCGGCCGCUGCGGCGGUACAAGCAGCUCAACAACAUGGUAAACCUCCCGGUGGUCCGGGAUCGCUUGGACCCGGUCCCGUUCCCGGUCAUCCUGGUCACCAGGGCCAUCCUUCACAGCAGCAACCUUCAAUGAAGCCGGAUAUCAAACCCUACCCGGAUACGCCGGCUCUGCGACAGCUGUCGGAGUACGCCCGGCCUCAUGUCGGUUUCAGUCCUGUGGAAACGAUGGUACCACCACCAUAUCAUCCACUUUAUAAUAGAGAAAGGGACAUCUUUUUUAGGGAGUUUGACGAGCUGAAACAACAGCAGGCCAUGGGUCAGUCUCGGUUGGAACCACACUGGAUGGAGUACUAUCGGAUGAGAGGGAUGCACCCGUCGCAGUUUCCGGCACUGUAUGGCAAUCCGGCCGCCUUAGCUCAGCUCGAACGCGAACGAAUAGGCCUGCCGCCACAUCCCUUUGGGCUAGAUCCGGCCGAACAAAUGUUGCGCUUGGCCGGUGAAUACCACGCUCACUCCCAUACGCACCUGCAUUUGCACUCGCAACAGCAGCAAGACACGGCGGCGGCAGCGGCGGCGGCCGGUUUCCAACUACCACAACGUUUACAAUACCAAUAUUUUGAAGAAUUCAUCGCUAAAAACUCUGCCAACGUACCAUAUCCGAGACCGAAUGUGCUGAUGCCGAGGGAUCCCCACUCGGAGGUCCUCUUACGCAUGUCCUAUGAUCCACUGCAGCAGGCCGCUGAGUUCCAACGUCAAAAUGCGUUAGAUCGUGCCCACUCGCUGCAUGAGCAGUAUCUUAGACAACACGAGCGGGAAAUGAAAGUAAGAGCAUUGGAAGACGCGGCACGUGGCGGUAAACCAAUGUAGGUGAGACAUUGCACACUGUAGACUGUAGAGCAAGAAGAAGAGAGUUAGAACAAAGACAGAGACGGGCGGGCACAGGAGUCGACUAGGUUAUGAAAAGUAUUUUCUUAUGUGUGUGAGUUAGUUCGAUGUACAUAUUUGAAAGGAGGACGAAGGGAACCAGUCAGUGUAGUGUGAAGCAGAUCUCGAGACAACCGUUUAUGCACAAGUUGAAUUUAUAUCGGUUAGAUGUCGACAUAAUUAUUUAUUUAAAGAAAACUGGCAGCACUGGACACUUGGAUGCAUUUCACGUCGACCAGAGUCCUUAGGUAAGGAAGAAGAAACGUUCAGUUCGUAGUAAAUUUUGUUUCACCGUUUGACUUAUUUUUUAUAUUGGUCAACAGAACCUGCACAGUGGGUAGUGGUUGAUGCAAAGAUGUCUGUAAUCUAAGUUCACUCAUUUCAAUUGUUUGUCUCAACUGUUUAUGCCGACAUUUAAAAAAAAUAUCAAGUUGUUGUGAUUAAUCAGAAAAAUUGAUUCCAUUGUUCAUAAUUUCACAUGAAUUGUCAGGACUAUUUACCAAAUAUUUAAUUUUGACCAGCUUUUGUUUCCGCAACGGUCACCCACUGUGCGUUGUAACACUUAAAGGAAAAAUGAAUCUAAAUCAAAGAUUAAAAAAAUAUCCCAACUGUAUUCAGCAAACACUAUCGUGUUUGAAGCAGUCUUACAUUUCCAUCACUGCAGAAAUGAUCAUUUACAUAUUCAACAACCAUAAGUUGAACAAAAAUGGAAAAAUAAACGAACAAAAAAUCAUUUGUAUGACUGUAUAGACGAAAACAAUGGUAGAUAGUAAGUAGAUCCGUAUAUAUAUAUAUAUUUUAUAUUUAUGACUACAAACGGUAACGGUCUUUCCUUCCGAUUGAACCGACACGAAUUGUGGAGAACUGCCACUCUUUCUCCAAUUCACACGAAAAUCUGGCAACCCAGUCUGCUGACCAGAAAACAGCAGUCGGUAGCGCAUUAUUCAAAACUAAAAAAUUGCUUCUAAUUUUAAGCCAAAAAUCAAUUUUCGAAAUCUUCUAAGUGUCUAUAUUCGUAUGUCGUUUGAACAAAAAAAAAACGAAAAUGAAAAUUUGUGUAAAAAUGUAGGAAGUUACUUUUUUCUUGCUUUCUUUUGUGUUCGCGCAAAGACAAAACAAAAAUUAGCUGGGAAAACCUAUUCCCAACUACUAGAAGUAUUCAACUGAACAUACACAGAACUGCUAGAACGUCGCUUUUGUGCUAAUCACGUGGAGCUCCGCUCGGAUUGGUACUUACCAUGAUACUACCUUAGUUUACAACACUUUUUUUUUAUUAAAAAAAAGCUAUUCAACUGCAUUUUGAUUUACAAGAAAACUGAAACUUAGCAAAAACCGAUAAAGUUUGAUUGUUUAACAUAUUUUAUGAACAAAAUACCAUACAAAACAAACAGAAAUGAAGAAAAAAAAACUAGUUGCCUGAACUCUGUUGUUUUGAGUUCACACUUAUUGACAUUUUUUAGCGAUUAUAUUUACAUACACACACACACACAAACAAAUGUAGGAGGGCAAUGCAUUAAUCGUAACUCUUUGGUAGACUAAAACUGUUUAAUU